CUGCUUGGUAACAUGCGGCAGAAGCAUCCGCUGAUGGGCGAAAGGGCCUGCGGCAAGCCUUUUUAGGCUUACAAAUGUAGUUAAAGGAGCUGCGCUAUCCCCCAAGUCCUCUUAAAUCCACUGCACUGCAUGGCUUCAUCUGGUUCCGGCUAACAUCAUAUCACCGUACCCCUGAUCCCACACCCCCUUAAUGAUUUUGACACAGGCUUCACAAAAGCUACCUAAUGACCGCCUGGAUCGUCUUGCCAGUCAGCCUGUCUGCCUUCUCGAUCACAGGGAUAUGGAUAGUAUAUGCCAUGGCAGUGAUGAACCACCAUGUCUGUCCAGUAGAAAAUUGGACAUAUAAUGUAACAUGUAGCAAGGAGACAGCUAAGAGGGGCUUCCCUAAGACAUGCUGUGCUCCACAGGACAUUCCUCUCAUCAGCAAGUGUGGUUGCUACCCACCUGAGAGCUGUCUUUUCAGUCUUAUUGGCAAUGUUGGGGCCUUUAUGGUGGUGAUGGUGUGUAUAUUGCGCUAUGCUCAGGUGAUUGAGCACAGCCACCAGUGCUGGGUCAACACAAGUGCUAUGGUGUCUGGCUGCAUAAAUGCCCUGGGGCUUAUUAUGGUGGGCAACUUCCAGGUUGACCAUGCUAGGACUCUGCACUAUGUGGGGGCUGGUGUGGCAUUUCCUGCAGGCCUGAUGUUCGUGUGUCUACAGUGCGUGCUGACAUACCGCAUUGCUGAGACAGCACUGGACUACUGGAUGGCCCACGUGCGAGCGGGUGUGUCAGCUGGAGCGCUGGUGUCCCUCGUUCUCAGUGGUAUUUUCUUUAUUCAUGAGAGCUUUGUGUUGCAACAUGCUGCUGCAAUCUGUGAGUGGGUUUUCACAAUCCUGAUCCUGGUCUACUAUGGCACCUUCACCUAUGAGUUUGGCACUGUCAACAACGACACCAUGAUGGCCGCCCUUGUCAGACGCAUUCCACACAAUCGUCCAGGCUCAGGAGGCAUUGUGGGGGGCAUCAGCAAGGGUGUGGCCAUGGGUUGCAGUGCCCGCAGCCUGAAGUCUCCUGGAGGUAGCAGCACCUCUGCACACCUGAACUGCACCCCAGAGAGUGUUGCCAUGAUAUAGCAAAUGACCAGUAUAUUACAGUCCUGGUAAACCCCAGAUUCACUUUUCACUCAACUAUGAUGUAAUACAGCAUUAGAAUGGCAAUAUCUACUGUACUUUUUAGUAGACUGGUUACUGCUGUGAAAGAAUUUCUACCAUGAAAUGUAGAUAUAAGGUUCUCAACAAACUAAGAUCCAGCAACCAGCACACAAAUAGUCUUUACCCCUAUAUCUUUGAUAACACAUUUUUUUAAAAAAAGCAGCACCACAAAUGGAAUGGUAUUGAUUCUAAAUGUAUACUUGGCCUGGCAAUAACACUGAAACAAGUGGAAGGGGAAUUCCAGUUUGUCAAAAUUUCUACAGAACUCGAUGGCUAAGAUGUAAACAUAGUUGUUUGGAGUGGUUGUACAUUGUAGAGAAUUUUUCUGACACAGAUUUCUUUACAUUGGUGGUGAAAGGAACCAAGGGUGUGAUGUCUAUUACACAGUUAUGGCUAUUUUAUUUAUUAGCCUCAACACCAGUGAAGCUACAUGUGUUUGAGUUUUUAUAUCUAUGGUUGAGAAUGGUAAAAUAGUGGUAAAUCUUAAAAAAUAUGUUUUAUUUUGGGACUUUUUUGCCUUACAUGUAUCUCUCUUGCAUGAAUGGGUUUAAAAAUAUGUUUUAGUCUAUAAUCCUAUUUCAAGUGCACCACAGAACAAUGUGUCAUGUAUAUGAAACAAUGUUUUAACAGAUGUUUCAUAUACAUAGUGUAUUUGUAACCACUUCAUGUUAAAACUAUCUGUAAGGUAGCUUUUAGAGGCAUUCAACUCCAGAUGUCUGGUUCAGCAACGCUGUGAAAGAUUCUGAGUUGUAAAGUUUCUUUAGAAUCGAUCAUUUCACAUUAAAUCUUAAUAACUUUGUGUACAUCUUAACCAUUUAAUCAUGCAGAAAUUUUGGGAAGAUUAAGGGGAGAGUAAAGCUCACUAAAUCCAUUCUUCCCCUUCAUCCUUACUUUCUAAGUAACCUAUGCUUGUAAUACGGGUCAGUGAAGCGAGGACAAGCUAUUAGCGCAGCAGUGGUCUCACUUCAUUUGGUUGCACUGAUUUUCCACUAUUGCUUUUAUGAUCAGGUUCUGUGUAUGUACAUAUUGUUUACUGCGAUUACUUUUGUCUAAGUCUAAUCUUCACUAAGUAUUUUCAAGGCAGUAUAAUACUCAGUGAUGUAUGUUUAUCAAGAGAUCCCGCUAUUCUUAUUUUAAAUCAUAGGACGACAUAUUAUAUAUGCUAUGUACAAUGGACAGAAAAAGUCACGCUAUUGUAAAAUGAAAGAAUUUUCUAUUGUCUCUGCCUUGAUGCCUUUCAUAACAUUUGACCAGAAUUCAUGAAAAGUUAUAUUAAGCUAUAUGUUGUACAUUUCAUCUUUAGAAAGCAAAAGCAAUUCAAUCACUGUGAUAAACACUAAUUGUUCGAUUUAAUUUUAUACUUCAGUAUCCUCUGUCUCAGACAGAAAUCCCAGUAAGAUUUCUAGAAAGUGUGAACUAUGGUGGCUUUGUAAAAAUGUAACCAGAUGUUUUGCCAUGCUUUUGUGUAACUGAACUACAUAGAUUGUGAGAAUUUGAAGAGUCAGCCAGGUAUGUAUUUGUAGAUUUUAUGUGUAGGUUGCUUUUGCACAUAGGCCAUCAAGGAGAAUUGAAGCUAAUUUUCUAAAACAGAAGAUUAUUGAAAGAAAUAUUAGGUAAUUGUAUUUUUUUGUGUUCAACCAUCAUAAUUUUUCUUUGCUAAUUUAGCUAGUCAGGCAUUGUUUAAUUAUUUGUUUGUUUUAGCAAAAACCAGUUCAUAAUCUUUGGCCAUGUUUUCUUGUUUUAUUUUUUUUUGGUGUUUUUAUAUGUCUUAAAAACAGUAUUACAUAUUCUUAUUCCUCUGCUAGAACUGCCAGCUAACCUGCUCGUAAAUAAAUGCACUUGCUUUAUGGUUUUCCAUUUUACCUCACUGAGCAUACAUUACAUGUCAGAGUAGGGUUUAAAACUAUUUAUAAAACUAAAAGUGCUUCCUUGUGAGCCUUACAAUAUUGCAGGUAUUCCUGACAGAAGGAAAAGUUCAUUACUGCCACAUCACAUGCUUAGAAUAAUAUUCUGAAACACAAUUGGAAACCUGAAUACAGUUUCGAAAGUAAUGGACCUGCUAAUGUGAGGCUCCAGUAGGUCGUGAUUUCAUACAGUCUUUUUAGCAGUUUGUCAAUAAUUUAAUGUAAUUUAAAUAAUGUUAAAUAAGUUGAUGAUUGAUGAUAAUAAUAGCAACCAAUAUGUUUUGUAUUCAAGUUCAGUUGUUUAUUUAUUUGUUUUUUGUUUGUUUCCCAAUUUUGACACUGAAUGCAGUUUUUAGCUGUGUCAGGCUGUUUGCAGCUCUGUGAGAAUUUGUGUGAUAGAAGAUAAAGAACUUAGAAUUGUAAAAUUGCCAGCCCACCACAACCCUCCAUAAAUACACAUACAUAAAAUGUUAAACUGAGCACUUAAUUUUGAUUUAUACUCAAAGACUAGAAUUUAUGUAGGGAUCUAUGAGUAGUCACAAUGAACAGUAUUGUGAAAAUCCAACAUGGGUUCACACUUUGGUAAACAGGUAUCAAAUGAUUGUGAGAAAUUUUUGAACUGUUUGGUUGAAUUUUGUUAUAACAGUAGUAUUUUCUUAUUACAGUUCAUUUGAUUAGGGCCCAAACAAUAACUUUGUUGUAUUAUAAAUACAUCAACUUGAAAAAAUGAAAAAAUGAAUAAAUAAAUGACAAUUAAGAAUAA